UCUAUUUCUUUCCUCCGAAGGGUGAAUUGAUUGAUACACAAAACUCAAACCCACAACAAUAUUUACUUGUUUCAAAGAAAGAAAGAAAAAAAGGAAAUGGUGAUGCCAUUUGGCGUGGCUCUAGAGAUGGCAAGGAUGGUGUGGAUAGCUUUAAGUGGAUGGGUUUGUUCUUGCUUGACGAUUGCCGAUGAAGUCGCUGCCUCUCUCAGAAGUGGUGAUAUUGGUCCCUUCCAUGUUGGCUAAUCUCAAUUGUUAUUUUUUUCUUCUUCUUCCAAUCAAACCCACAUCUCUGCUCUAGAAGGCUUGUAAUGGGCUUUAUGGCUUCGGCAUAGGGUUUGUUGGUUUUUGUAUUUAAAAUUCCUGCUUUAUUUUUAUUGUUGUUUUCUUUUGGCUUAUUGAUGUUUUGGAAGGCAGCUGUUAAUUAAUUGUUAGGGAUAGAUACCAAAUAUGCCAUUUCGAGCCAAUAUUCAAUGACAUCACUUUCAUUUGGUUCAAUAUACAAACAAAAGAACUAUUUGAUGGAAUAUGCCUUAAACCCUAAAAAACACUAAUAAGUAUUAUGAUUUGACAAAAUGGUGUCAGAAAAAGGAAAAGUAAAAUGUCGAGAUGGGGAGCAAUUUUCUUCCUCUCCCUCUUUUUCCUCUCUGUUUUCUCCUCCUCAGCUGCUGGCACCAAUCCAAUGUUCAACCCCCAAGGCCUUGGGGAAGUUAGCCAGUGUCAAUCCGGGCUCUAUGAUCCAGAUUGGCACUAUGUGGCAUGAGAUCUGGCCAAAUUGACACCAUCUGUUACCAGCUCCUAGCCUGUCCUGCUGCAGGUUGUGGUGCUGGCUUGCUCACAAACAAGGAAAAAAGAGUAUUAAAAGAGGGAA